UUCCCAUUUCCCACUUUUCCGAAAUCGAUUGAAAACAUUACGACGUAUAUCUUUAAAACGCAUAAAAAAUAAAUUAUUAACCAAAUUUAUUUAAUUGUUUUCAGCAAUACAAAUAUGCAUUGUCUUAGAUCAUUAUGUUUACGAAUAAGUCAACGAGGAUAUUAUGUCCUACCUGUACCUGCUUUAGUAAAACCUGCAAAAAUUAGCAGCAAUUAUAUAAAUUUUCCUCGAUUAUAUGCAUCGCAAGCAGACGAUGAUAUAGAAAAUAUUAUAAGCCAGAUAAGUAAGGGUAACCAAGAAAUUGAAAAAAAGCUGAGGGUUUUAAUGUUGGAAGUAGAAGUCAUGCGUCAAGAUGGCAGACAAGCACCGGAUGUUAUGGAUCUUAGAAAUUGGCAGUAUUUGAUGGAAUUACCAUCAAGAAAUCAGAGAGCAAAUUAUCUCACAUAUUUAUGGAAAAAUGAGAAGAGGAAAGAGAAUGUUAAGAUGAAAAAGGAGGCAAGAAGAAAGGAACUUGAAGAGAUGGACCCAGAAGAUUCAAAAGAGUUUCCAGAUGAUGUAAUGUAUGGUAUUAAACAUCAAACACUAUUUUUACGCAUCCGCGACCAAUCAAUCAAUCAAUUCGACAACUACAGAGCCCUACAAGCUUUAAUGAGGGGACAGUCAAUGGUUAUUGACUGUUCAUAUGAAACUCAUAUGGUAAAAAGAGAAAUUUUAAAUUCUGCAAAACAACUCACAUAUGUUUUUGGCGAUAAUAGAAUGCACAAAGAGCCCUUUAAUUUACAUUUGUGUAAUGUAGAUAAUAAUGGAGAUUUCAUGGAUCAAUUCAGAAGAAAUGUACCAUCAAUAGAUGAGCCCUGGUUUCCUAUGAACAUUCAUGUAGAAAGUUAUUUAGACAUUUUCCCGAAAGAUAAACUAGUAUAUCUUACCCCACACUGCAGAGAGGAGUUAACAAGUUUUGAUCAUGAUGCUAUUUAUAUUGUGGGUUGUAUGGUUGAUAAGAUAAACAAUGAGCCACUCUCUUUAGCUAAAGCAAAAAGAGAUGGUAUAAAAAUGGCCAAACUACCUCUAGACCGUUAUUUAGAAUGGGCUCCAGGAUCAAAGAAAAAUCUGAAUAUCAAUCAUAUGAUACCAAUUCUUUUGGACCUUAAGCUGACUGGAGAUUGGGAAUUUGCAUUACGUCACAUACCCAGGAGAAAAUUAAUGGAAACAAAAAUACAAGCCAUGCAAAAGAGAUUUGAGAAAUCAUCUCUUAAGAAUGUGGACAUGCGGAGUUUUAUGAAUCUACGAGUUGAAGACAGAAGUAUAUUUAAAAAGAAGUUUAAAUCCAAGAAGUCCCUGUAUGAUGAUGACAAUAUAUAAAUAAAAGCAACAUAUAUUAUUA